AUUACUGUAAAACACACAGCAGCUUUCAAUGCUAUGAAAUAGCAAGCAGAGAGCAGCUGCAGGGAAAGGAAUACUCUGUGACAAGACAGGAGGCAGUGGAAUAGCUGAGAAAACACUACUUGGGGGAGAGGGUGGACAUGGCUCAAGCGCAGCAGACAGGGGGAUCAAGACGCUUCAGUGGAGCACAGUGGCAUCUGCAGAAAAUCAUCAAUGACUCUGUAGACAGCUCAGAUGAUGAAUUCUUCGAUGCCAGAGAUGAAGUCGUGGAGGGAAAGAGUGCCAUCCUGAUUGGCAUGAGUCAGUGGAACUCUAAUGAUCUGGUGGAGCAGAUAGAAACCAUUGGAAAGCUGGAGGAAACCCCAGGGGAACUAUACAGAGUUCAUGGAAGGAAGCACCGAUGCCCCCGACAGAGUAGCUUUGAGAUACUUGAGGAUAGUGAGGAUGCAACGCAACUGAACUCCUGCAAGACGCAAGUCCUAGCACUUGUACUUCAUGGUGGCAGUAUACUGGACACUGGAGGAGGGGACCUGAACAGCAAGUUGGCAGAUGUCAACACGUUCAGCUCAGUAUUUGAGAAGGUGACAAGAGCCCAUUUUCCUGCAGCCCUGGGGCACAUUUUAAUCCGGCUUGUUCCUUGUCCUGCAAUAUGCUCUGAGGCAUUUUCACUAGUUUACAACCUUAACCCUUAUAGCUAUGAUGAAAACUGCCUGAAUAUUAGCGAAGAUCACAUACCCUUAGCUGCCUUGCCGCUGCUGGCCAUUUCUUCUCCACAGUACCAAGAUGCAGUUGCUAUGGUGAUCAACAGAGCAAACCAAGUUUACAAUGAAUUCCUGAAGUCUCCAGAUGGGGCUGGCUUUAAUGGACAGGUGUGUCUGAUCGGCGACUGCGUGGGAGGAAUUUUAGGGUUUGACGCCCUUUGUUACAGUGGUAAGACUCCUGGGGAGAGCCAGAACAGUAGCAGAAGAGGAAGCUGCAGCAGCAUUCAGGAUAAUUCCACACCACCUGAAGAUAACAGCGUUGGAUUACGAGGUACUAAGCGUCUUAGCAAAAGCAAUAUUGACAUCUCAGGAGUCUUGGAUAAUGGGGCACCAAAACAGCCUUUGCUAAGGAAGCAGAGUGAUUCAUCAACUUAUGACUGUGACACAAUAACACAGCACCAUGCUUUUCUGUCUAGUAUCCAUUCAAGUGUUUUGAAAGAUGAUAUGGAUUUUCCAAGAACUGGAAGCUCCAAUCUCUGUGAAGUAAUCAUGGGACGGUUUGACUUCGAAGUAUCAGACUUCUUCCUAUUUGGUUCACCUCUGGGACUAGUAUUAGCCAUGAGGAGAACAGUUCUGCCUGGCUUGGAUGUGUGCCGAGCCCAUCCUGCUUGCACCCAAGUCUACAGUUUCUUCCACUCUGCUGACCCAUCAGCUUCGAGGCUGGAGCCACUUUUGGAGAAGUCUUUCCACAUGCUUCCACCAUUUUAUGUGCCCAGAUACCAGAAGAAUCCUCUGGGCGAUGGCAAGUCCUAUCUUUUAGGAGAUGCUAUCCAAGCCUGCAGUGCUGCUUUUGUAGAACACUCUACCACCAAUAACACAUCUUCAGCUGAUACAUCUCCACCAGCCAGCCUAUCCACCCCAACACAGAGAAAAUCCAGAAGGUCGAGCCUGUUGAGCAUGAGCAGCGAGAUGUCUGGGUCUUCAGAAAGCUUGCCUUCAGCAAAGAUUGCCAAUAUUACAGCAAACUGGUGGGGAACCAAGCGCAUUGAUUAUGCUCUGUACUGCCCUGAUGUACUUACUGCCUUCCCCACUGUAGCACUGCCGCACCUAUUUCAUGCCAGCUACUGGGAAUCCACUGAUGUGGUGGCCUUUAUUCUGAGACAGUUGAUGAGAUAUGAGAGUGUACAGAUUCAGCAAAAGGAAGGCAUUGACUGCAUGAACAUGAGCCCCUCCAGCCGACAAGAGAAAUGGCUUCGGAAGAGAAACCACGUCAAAUUGCGCAAUGUCACAGCCAAUCACAGAACCAAUGAUGUCACUGCUGUGGAAGGAGGCCCUCAAGUCUUGGUUGGUCGUUUUAUGUAUGGCCCAUUGGACAUGGUCGCACUGACUGGUGAAAAGGUGGAUAUCCUUAUUAUGACUGAGCCAUCAACAGGCAGGUGGGUGUACUUUGAAACAGAGAUAUCAAACAGUAGUGGCCGGGUGUCUUACAGUGUCCCACAAGAUAAGAGACUCGGUGUAGGUGUUUACCCUAUCAAGAUGGUUGUCAGGGGUGACCAGAGCAGUGCACAAAGCUACCUUACAGUGCUCCCCCCAGGCAUGGAGUGUGUUGUCUUUAGCAUUGAUGGCUCUUUUGCAGCCAGUGUCUCCAUAAUGGGAAGUGAUCCCAAAGUACGAGCUGGAGCAGUGGAUGUUGUCAGACACUGGCAAGAUUUGGGUUUUCUAAUAAUUUACAUCACGGGAAGACCGGACAUGCAGAAGCAGCGUGUUGUCUCCUGGUUAUCUCAGCACAACUUUCCCCAGGGCAUGAUCUUCUUUUCUGAUGGCCUUGUACAUGACCCAUUGCGGCAGAAGACGAUUUUCCUCCGCAAUCUGAUGCAAGAGUGUCAUAUUAAGAUCAGUGCAGCCUAUGGCUCAAUGAAGGAUAUUUCUGUGUACAGCGUCCUAGGUUUAACACCAUCUCAGAUCUAUAUUGUUGGGCGUCCAGCCAAGAAAUAUCAGAACCAAUGCCAGUUCGUAAGUGAAGGCUACGCUGCUCACUUAGCAUCACUAGAAUUUAGCCACCAUUCCCGUUCUAAGAAGAACAAUUCCAGAAUGAUCUUGCGAAAGGGAAGUUUUGGUCUGCAUACACAGCCUGAAUUUCUAAGAAAAAGACAUCACCUGCGUAGGACUAUGUCUGUGCAGCAACCAGAACCACCAUCUACCAAUCCCAAACCAGAAAGAGCACAGAGUCAACCAGAGUCAGACAAAGAUCAUGAUCGGUAUUUAAACCCCCUUUCUUGGGUAAGAAACGCAAGCUACAAAUUUGAACCCGCACCAUAAUAAGACAAGAGACUGUUUACUGAUAAAAGUUCAUACUACAAAAAGACCAUGGAGAAAUACAGAAAGACAGUGGUUAAAAAGCAAUAUGUUGGUUCAGUGGUGAUUUUCCAUACAAACUGACCCAUGACCUAAUAAAUAGAGUGCACAUGGCCUGCAAAUAUCUACACAAGAAUAAUGUAGUUGUUAAAAAAGUUGCAUUGUGGGUGAGACACUCACAUGUGCAUUUAAUACCAUUUCACUGCUGUCAUAAGUCUGCCUCCUUCCACCAGUGAAAUGGUCUCUAAGAAUUCUGUUCAUUUAAAAGAACAAAAAAAAUGUUUCCUCUAAAGUUAUAACUUCUCUAUUGUAUAUAUCGUAUUGAUAUGCAGUGUGAUAUACAGUCACAUGCUAUUAGUCUGAUAUAAAUGGGAUAUAAUGUACUGUAUAUUUAGCUUUGGAGCUGUCACAAAUUCUAAAAAGUAAUAACGCUAUGCUUGUGUUGUGUCCGGCAGUUCUCAAAUGAAAGAAGACUUGAGAUUACAGGGAAAAACUGCUUACAGCGAGUGUGAUCAAUUUUACCUCCAUAACCACUGGCAGAACAAACAUUAGAGGGAUAAUAAUUGUGUCUUCAGCACUGACUACCUAUAGAAAUGUGCCAAUGUCUGGUCAGCCAAGCAGUACAUGGGAGAUAGAAGCUACUAAGCCCUGAUUUUCAUUUGUUUAGGUAUCUGGUGGGCAGAUCUGGUUUCCAACUAGUGGUGAGAUAUUCCUUGAUGUUCUGAUCAAAUAUAGCGUCAUCACACAAAAGAAGUAUUUUAAGCAGGGGUAGGGUCAUAUUUAUCUACUGCUUUGGCACAUUAUUGAGCUUGUCAUGAUUAAACAAGGCACAAUGAAUUAUGAUUUGUAUAUUUGGUACAAGGUACCUAAUGAAAUAAACCAGUGGAAGGUUACAUUAGAGAUGAAACAAAUCUUUCCAGGUAUAUUUAUUGGAGUUUGUUCUAGUUGGCAAACUAGACACUGCCCCUGAAACUUUGAAAACACUGGUAGUGAACAUAAAAUUUUUGUACAAAAGCAAGCUUUAUUUGAAGAGAGAGAUAGAGAGACUGGCAAAAAUACUGUUCAUAUCUUAUUAUUUUACACUUAUUAUUUUAAAUACGUGUCUCUGCCUAAGUAUUAAAUAUGAUUGUUACAGUUCUGUAAGUAAGAUAUUUAAAAUAUGUAUAUGUUCUGAUUAAUGGUAGUGUAUAAAUAGUGGUCCGGCAAUAUAAACUCUAAUACUUUUAAUACAAUUUAUUUUUGGGUCAUGUAAUGUGCAACUAUACGUGUAUGGAAUGGAGCGUACGUCUGUCCAAUCCCCUGAUUAUACAGCAUACAGACAAUCUCAAUGGGCCCCACCUUGUGUCAGCCUCACAGUUUCAGAUCCGUCUGUUUAAUAGUGAAUAAUAUUAAGCAUGAUACAACUUUAAAUAAAUUCAUUUCUGAUGUCUUAAAUAUUAAGAAAUAAUAAAAAUUCCGGGGAGCAGAAUACAUUCCAUACGCCAGGUGAGAAUGGCAGAGAACUGUAAAUAUGAAAUACUUAAUUGCAUCUGGCUAUACGGAUUUAUUCUGGUAUUCAUUUUUGGAGGCAACUUCAUCCUUCAGUUCAUAAACAGCAGAUCGUUUUAAUGUAUAUUCUAUGACUAGCAAUAAGACAUAAAUCACAUGACAUUUAACAAGCUAGUUUUAUAAGAGAAGUCCUUAUAGCCUGUCUUGUGGCCUUUCUAACUGUAUUUGGCUAUGCAUGCUUUGCAGCAUGAAAAAUGUUAAAGUAAAGGGCAUUAAUUGCUUUUCAUGGAUAUUGUAAACUACCUGCUCUCUGUGUAUAAGUGUAGAAGUUGACAUUUGUUAGUGCGACAUACCAAACAUAAGACAUUCCAGAUAUAAUUAUUGCUUUAAAUCGUUCAGUGCCUAUGGUGACCUUUGGAAAUGUGCAAAUUAUCAGCUAUUCGGUGUCCCAAGUCAUAUACAGAGAUCCCCAAACAGGUCACAGACUUUGCAUAGCAACGCUGAAGAAAAGCAUUUGAAUACUAACAAGAUGCAUUUAGCAUAAAUAGAUGUAUUUCUGCAGAUAUGGGUACCAAAGAUUUAACCUGUGGGAAUUCACUGAGCAGGUUAUUCUAAUCCAGUUCCCCAGGCCUACAAGGAUUGUUCUAAUAUGUAUUUCAUUACCUGUGGAUAUUGGAACAUUUUAUAUAUUUAUUAGAUCCGGCAUUGUUAUAUUGUAUUGAGUGUGAUGGGUACAAAUAAAGACAUAAAUAAUAUGUCAAUGUGUAGGAACAGUGA